UCUGGAUUACCAUGACUACGGCAAACAGGUGUCUAUUAGUUGUUGCUGCUUACGUCAGUUUCAGAGCGUUUAACAAUAAGCUAGCUAGCUGCAUAGUUAGCUACUAAAGUUUAAACCUUUGCUGAUAUAGCAGGGCACGCACAUCGACUUAGUAUGAAGACAUGGCUCUAGUCUUGUCUCCUCCUCAGUCCUCUUCCCUAGAAAUUCUGUGAGAGUUGUGCUAUGUUCAGAAAAACUGUCUGGAAGAAUACCGUGAGUGAUGCCGUUAGCUGGCACCAGGACGAGGCCCUGAACACGACCAUGUUCAUCCUGAAAGAGUAUGGUCCGACCGGAUUCCUACUCAAAGAGGAGGGGGAACCCAAAAACUUCAAAGUGUUCUUGGGAGACCCUCAUACGUGUACCUGUUCAACAUUCCACAAAGAGAGAGACCUCUGCAAAGUAAUAACGAAGAAAACAUACCGAUCACACAUAAAAGAUAUUGCAUGCUCAUUCUGUACAAUAAUUCUACUCUCAAUGUAGGGUUUUAUUGCGGAAAUUCCGACUGCCUAGAGAACAUGAAUAUUGCUUCCAGCAGGUCCUGGUUGAAAGGCAGAUCCUGGAGCUGCUACAGGGUUUACACAGGAGCAGAACCCCCCGGCCUGUACACCCACCCUGCUCUGAGGCUGACCCUAACCCCAGACCAGACCCAGCUGAGGGGGACGGGGGGGUCAGACAGAAGGAGAUCGAAGCCGAGGAUGUGUGUCCCAUCUGUCAAGAGGAGUUGCUGGGGAAACGUCUACCUGUGUCUUACUGCAGGUUUGGCUGUGGCAACAACGUCCAUAUCUCCUGUAUGAAGGUGUGGGCAGACCACCAGGCACGUCCGGAAGGGGAGGGGGAAGCCAUGGUGAAGUGCCCGCUGUGCCGGGAGGACUUUGGGCCGGUCAAGCUGCUCCUGGAGCAGGUGAGGAAUGUGGCUAAGCUCCACACAGCUGCUGAGAGAGAGAGGCCCGACAGACACCUCGGGGUGCUCUGCAACAACUGCAGGGUCUGCCCCAUCACUGGCAAGUGCUUCAAGUGCACAGUCUGCCGGUACUAUCACCUUUGCGAGGACUGUAUAAGAAGGUGCUGUCACCCUCAGCAUGCGUUUGCCAUACGUACGAAAAGGACUGCGAAGUGGCUGUCCUUGGGUCAGCGUGUGUUCAACACACUGGGUGAACCACGUGAGAUGACCACUCAGUCAGUGGGUGACAGCAUGAUUCCUGUUGAGAGUGACCCACUGCCAGAGCACCUGGUCAGGAGCCUCCUUUCGGUCAGGGUGAGGAGAGGCUGCCCCCUGCUGGACCCUGGGCAGCAGUGUAGGAUCUGCCUGAAGAGCUUCCAGCAAGGGCAGCAGGCCAGACACUUGCCCUGCCAUCACAGGUUCCACACAGACUGUGUCGACCCGUUGCUUCGGAGGUCCAACUCCUGCCCUCUGGACGGAUACGUCAUCUACAACCCCCUAACAUGGAGCAGCGGAGGGGGGAAGGGUACACCCAAGCUGGCCUCCUCCCUUGACCAUCCAAAGCUCUCAGAGCAGCACAGACUGGAGCUGUUUGUCCCAGGAGUAGCUCUGCUGGACAGAGCAGCCAGAGUGGUUCCCUCCCUGAGUAUGUUCAGCUCCGAGGGCUCAGCCGAUACCCUAGUACCUCUCCCUCAGGACACUAUGGUCGUUGGCUUACAAGGUCUAAGCAUCAAUACAGUGAACAUUGAGAGCAUGGAGGGUGGAAAAAGCAGGACAGAGAAGGAUGGAAGUCCAGUCAAAUCAGUCAUUCUCAACAAGAGCCUUUCUUCCCAGCAUCUAAGGACAGACGUGUCUAGAGUGAGGUUGGGACGCACCAAGUCAAGCUCCUCGACCAAGAGUUUGGCCCAAAACAAUGCUACCUCAACUAACAGGCUGGGUGGGGUCUCUGGAGGGACGGGAAGGGCCCAGCCGAGUCUGUUUGUGGGUGUAAACAGGUCAGACAUGACUGCUGCUGCUGCUCAGACUAGAGCUGUCAUCACCCUGUGGAGAGCCAGGCCCCAGUGGAAGAGGAGACCCAGGGUACCCAGACCCAGUACAGGAGACAGCCAGCAAGCCACAGGCCUGAGGAUGACAGGGGUACUGAUCAAUGCUCCUCACCAGGGAGAAAAGGAGCACAAGUGUGAUACCCUCAUGGAUAUGGAUAGCAUUGAGGGGUUGAAUGAAGUGCGUCCUGCUGUGUACCGCACUGCAAUGAAGCUCCGUUCCUUACAGAAACUCUGCCAUAUGCAUGUUGUGACACUGCGGGAGCUCAUCCCAGCCCUGUGCUCUCUGGGCGGAGCCCGGGACACUGGGGCGGGGCUUAGUGAACAGGAAGUGAGACAGUGCAUAAACAGGAUGUUCCAAAGCGUGUCACAGGAAGUACCUGGGCAGGUGUCGGCAGAGGUGCCAGAACAGACUUGCAGACUGAUGUACAGACUGUUUGACCGGGGACAGAGUGGCGCUGUCUGUCGCAGGUCAGUUGAAGCCGCUCUCAUCUCUCUCUCAGCAGACACACUCUCAGCCAAACAUAAGGCUCUGGUUCAUCUGGCAGAGAGGUGCAGUGGGAGAGAGAGCGGCACGGUGAGCAGGAGUGGUCUCAGAGUCGUACUGCAAGACCUCAGCCAGGUGCCGGCUGUAGUGCAGGAGAACCAUGUGUUUGGCUCAGCUGAGACAGCUGUUCGUUCCUGCUUCAGUGGGGUGCUGAGUGCGUGUGUUUGUGAGGAGCAUGUCCUCUCAUGGCUGCAGUGUGAGCCCUGUUUGUUGCUGUGGCUCCCCACCCUGUACCGCCUGUCAGUCAGCGAGAACGUCACACACUCCGUACGCUGCCACACCUGCAAGGCCUACCCCAUCACUGGACUUAGGUAUCGCUGUAUGAAGUGUGUGAACCUUCAUCUGUGCCAAACCUGCUUCCUGACAGAGAGACACACAAAAAAACACAAGAGCUCCCACCCAGUGCUGGAGCACUGCACUCAGCCAUCCUGGAAAGAAUCCCUAGCCUCAUUAGCAUACAGCGCCCGCCACGCCUUGUUACCACGGCGAUACACACACAGGGAGGCAGAGAGGAGAAGGUGCCUAAUCAGGGCGGAGUCACGAGGGGAGCCGCAGACCAGCUUCACCACCCCUGACCCUUCACCUCAGUCAGCCGCUGAGGACACACCCCCUGACGACAGAGCCCCUCCCACUAAUCCUCCCCAACUGCUGGCCACACCCUCAGCUGUUUGGCCCAGGAAGGCAUCUAAAGCCCUGCAAACUGAGGAAGAGCAGGAGGAAGCACAGCCACAGAGGAGAGACUCUGUCCUCAUUAAGGACAUCAAGGACCUGCAGAGGGACAAACGGCUGCUGGAGAGGGAGCUGCAGGUGUGGAGGGUAACGGUUCAGUCGGAGCAGGGCUCGCUGGAGUACCGCUGCUCUGAGAUGGAGGCCAACAUGGAGACUCUGAGACAACACAACCUCAGACUGCAGGACAUGAUGUCACAGGCUCUUAGCAUGUCAGGGACACAUGCUGACAUCAUGCCUCAUGCUAAUGUCAUCCCACAUGCUAAAUACAGGCCAGAGAGAGACAUAGCCUGUCCUGUAGAGUCCCAGAGCUCUGCAUCUUCUUCUGGAUUCAGAGAAAGAGAAGAGGAGGAGGAGAGGGAAGAGGAGGAUGAAUGUUGCACAGCAAAGAUGCAGAGGAAUGAGAUGAAGACAGAAGAACAGAGAGGUGAUGAUGAUGAAGAGGAGGAGCAGACUGAGACUGACUCAGUCACAGAGACUCAUACUCCCACAAUUACCUCUAACCCACAGCCCUGUGAUGGGCAGGUCACUGGGCCAAUGAAAGACCAGAGUGUCUCUGAAGAGGAGUAUUCUGGGAUGUGUAGUUUAGCGGAGGAGGAGCGACUGUGUGAGCUGGUGCAACGACUAAUAAGUGAGCUGUCGCUACACACUUACUCACUUACAGACUGCAGACAGGAGUUGGAGUUGUUGGAGGCUGCAGAGGAAGUGGGGGACUCUGUGUGUCAUCUCGUCUAUGCAGUGAACACACACUCCGUCCCAAACACACACACUUCAUGCCCCAUCCUCCUACACAACCACAGGCCAGAGUAUGUAUCCAAAAGGCUUCUCUAGACUUUGACGCCUGAUGAUGUGAGUUAUUGUGUACUUUCCUGAUAUUUGUAUGUAGCACAGUUGUACUGAAAUGAUUCUGCUCUUUCAUUAGAGAAACCUAUGACAAAAUGUUUUAAUUCAUGUACAUUAUUUAUUAAAUAAACAAGCUUUUUGACAAA